AUGUCCCUCCCGACUACCACCAACCUCUGGGCCGUGCACGGUAGUGCCCCAGGUGCUGGAUUAGGCGCCCUGAAGUGGAAGAAGAACCAGGACGUCCCUAAGCUCCAUCCUCGCGACGUACUGGUGAGAUUGCGCGCAGGAUCAUUGAACUACCGUGACAUCGUGAUUUGCCAAGGCACCUAUCCUCGCAAGCUAAUCGACGGCGUCGUGCCCGGUAGCGAUGGGGCUGGAGAGGUUGUUGCCGUCGGGUCCGCGGUCUCCCGCUUCAAGAAGGGGGACCACGUGGUGACAACCUUUUAUCAGGACUUUUUUGGCGGACCAGCUCCGACGGAGGCGAACUCGCAGAAGGCCCUGGGCGGCUCUGCCCACGGGACCUUUCGUGAGUAUGGAGUUUUUGAUGAGCAUGGGCUAUUGCCCCUCCCAACCAAUCUCAACUAUCUUGAGGGUGCGACACUUUCCUGCGCUGGGCUCACGGCGUGGAACAGUUUGAACGGGCUACAGUACCUGAAGCCUGGAGACUGCGUACUUACCCAGGGAACAGGCGGUGUGUCCCUGUUCGCCAUUCAGUUCGCGUUAGCAACCGGUGCAGUCGUGAUCGCCACGACGUCCUCAAACAGUAAAGCUGGAAAGCUCCGGGAACUUGGUGUCCAUCACAUCAUCAAUUAUCGGGAAGAGCCUAAUUGGGGCGCUAAAGCAAAGGAGUUGUCUCCAAAGGGCCUCGGUUGUCAGCGGAUCAUAGAAGUCGGUGGGCCGAAGACGAUCAAACAAUCAUUACAGGCGGUAGCACCGGGUGGCCACAUUGCCAUUGUUGGAUUCCUGACGGGAUUUGAGAAGGAAGAGGACCAUCCUUCGUUCCUCGAGCCAUUCUCGCGCAUGUGUAUAGUGCGUGGCAUUGAAGUCGGCAAUCGGACGCAGUUCGAGGAGAUGAUCACUGCCAUUGAAGCUAAUGACAUUCACCCCGUCAUUGAUCCUGCUGUCUUCCCUCUCGAGGACCUCCCGCUGGCAUUCCAAUAUCAGUAUGAUCAGAAGCAUACAGGGAAGGUUGUGGUCAGCAUUGGGUGA